UCGCUGAAAAACAUAGGGAAAAGUCAGAUUGUGUGCAUGUAUGUGUGUGGGGGUGUUAAGUAAAAGUGGAAAUGGCUGCCUGUUUUGACAACUGUUAAGGGUAGAGUUUUCCAGUGAAAAAUUUCACAUCCACUUUUGCUGCUCCGCAUUCGGUCGUCAAACAAGGGGCACCAUUUUUCUCACGGACAAAACAAUUGCUGGGAAAGUUCGGUUGUGCGUUGUGUGUGGACGAAUUUGUGACUUUGGGUGUGCUGUGUUGGGAAAAUCAGUGAAAAAUAGCAAGAGAAAUGGUGGAAAGGCGGAUGUGAAAAUUUCCAAUGUGAAGGAAUAGAAGAAGUUGAAAAAAAAACAACGGAAUACACUGAAUAUACUGAAGAAUUGUAGUUUAAGGGUGGAAUAGGGCAGUGGAACGUAUAGAGCUAUUCUGUUUCCUUUUUCUUCUGGAGUUCUGCAAAUUUCUUCCUUUAGGGGAGCUUUUUUUUCGAGAAUUUUCUCUUUUUUGGAGAAUAAUUGCUGUAAAUCCUUUUUGCUCAAUGAAGACUUUCGGUGUGGCUUUUCCAUGAAAAAAUAGAACCACCUUUUUAUUUAUGAUUUUUUGGGAGCUUUUGCCUCAGAGGUUUAUGGGGAAUUUUUGGUGUGGCAAAUUGUGAAAUGUCGUCCAUGUCAUUUCCUUUUGCAAAAAUUGUGAUUAGCUGAGGUAUUUUUCCGGAGUAAGGGGAGCUUUUUUCACUAGGGGCUUGUUCAUGAGGGCAAGAGAGGUAUAGAAGAAGUAAAAAAAAAGUGCGUGAGUUUUUGUUCUGUGUAAUUGGGGGCUAGUGGGGAAAAGGUCCGAUGUUGUCGUCAGAGGUGGCUUAAGCUGGGCCAAGGAAAAUCGAUGAGAAAAUGAAAGCACCACAAAUAUUACCCUGAUUAUGGCUGCAAAGCUCCAAAGCGCCCAUAUGGCUGGCUACUUGUGAAAAUUGCGUUGUCGUUGUCCUAUAUUUCCGGCCAUAUCAUAAGGCCUGAGGAAGUGAAAGAGAGCUUAAUUUCGUCCUCCUGUGUGCUACAUAUAUAUAGCAAAGUGCGCUCUCACAAAAGUUGAGAGAUUGGCAGAAGAAGAAAUACAAAAAGAAAAAUAAAGAAGUACAUAGAAGUGUCAAAGUAGAGCAAAAAUUGUGUCCCAAGUAUAUAAUCCAGGAAGGUGAGAGUAGGGGCAUAAAAAAAAUCAAGCCAAGGUGAAAUUCUUCAGGGCUCUUCUAUAUCAUCCAUCUAAGUGUCAUCUCAGUGUGUCCUAUCCUGCCACAAGGAAAUUAAUAGAGGCAUUGAGAAAUUUGUAAUUAUUAUGUGGAAUAUCUCGGUGUUAGUUGCGCCAGAGUUAGAAGAGCUCUGUUGGCGCUAUCAUGGAGUUGCCUGGUCGGUUUCGUGCCACCAGAGCAUUUUGGUGAAUUAUCGAUGAUCCUGCGGUGUGAAGAGUGGUGAUGCCUCUCGAUUGGCGUUCCACACAAACCACCACGGUGUUUAGAAGCAGAAGAAAAAACAUUUUCCACUAGGUUAAAUCGAAAAGUGUUUCAUUUUGGGGUCAUACCGUGACGCAUCACAAUUUAAUGCGUUUUAGUCAACCUCUCCUAGCUUUUAAGGUAGAGCAACAACAAAAAAGAAGUUAUAGUCAUCUAAUAUCUGGUAGUGCAAUCAAAGUUUAAUAAUAUCCAAUUUUAAUGUAAUAAUCUCCCAAAAGUGCUACAAUCUUAAAAAAAAAAUAGUGUUUUAGAUUGAAGUUAGAGUCAAUCAGUGUACGCCCUACACAAAAAGUGAUUCCGAGUUUUCAAAGUUUCAUGUGAAAAAAAGUUGUGUGGUUCAUAAGUCUCAAAAAAAAUAGAAGUGAUUGAAGAGGCUUUCCCUCAGUGCUACUAUUGUAGGGUAGAAGUGAGAGGGUGAAUAUGGCAUUCGCCCUUGGGAGGGAUUUAUGAAACACAAUGGAUUCUAUGGAUCCCACCAGCAUCACCGCCAAAAGCUACUGUCAUGGACCGCCGACGCCACAGUCGUCCGGCGGGGAGAUGGUGGUGGCCAAGACGAAGACACAGCAGCAACAGCAGCAGCAGCUGAACUCAGGAAACUACAUCAAUGUGGUGCAAAUGCCUGUUGGGGUUCAGUACCAGCAGCAGCAGCAGCAACCACAGCAACAGCAGCAGCAACAGAGGAGGAAGUACUCACCGCAAGUUACAUCCGAAUAUCAAUCCCGGAUUUUCUUCGGGGAGUACAUGAGGGAGAGAUGUCGCGACGAAUUUUAUGCAAUACCAACAACACCAGUGCCAUCAUCAACGGAUUUGGAUCACACAUCUGUUGUAUCGCCGACACCAUCUCCCCAGCAGCAGCAGACAUCACAGCAGCAACCACCACAGAACGUGCCCUCUGUUCUGUAUACGGUUCAGAGGGUGGUCACUACCACGUCACAAAUUCAACAAGCAGCAGGAGCGAAUUAUGCAGUUAACUCGAGUCUGUCGAGUGCAUCCAACUUACCACGAAGUGAUGUCGAUUGUGGAAUGCAGAAUUCUCCAGGGCCAAGUACAAGUACAAAUUAUCAGUCUCAAGCCGCCAAUAAUAGUUCAGAAAUGCAACAAUCAGCAUGUUUAGCGAAUAACUAUGGAAGUGCAGGCACAACAUCUAUGAAUUAUGCAUCAACAGGUGUUUCGUCAUCAGCAUCAAUUCCGAGACCUCUGCAGCAUGUUAUACCAACGUGUGUAUAUUUGAUGUCCCGCAUUGCUGUCCACAUGGAGAUUGAGGGCACGGCUCAGUGUCCAUCGCAAGUGAUGCUAGCAGCGGCGCUAGGCUGUGAGGAGUUGGGUAUCGCAAAUAAAUUACUGGCGCAGAGUAUUUUUGGUCUGUGGAUGACGAGCUCACUUCUAGAAAUUCAAUUGAAACCCCAUCAUCGUCCGUAUGCCGUAAGGGUAGCGUGGUCCAAGUUGCUGGAGAGGCACAGUCAUGGGAAUGAAAUUGAACGCAAAUACGAUGAGCCAAUGAUCACCCUGAGGAGGAAUGUGUUUUUCUCGAAAAAGGACGAGGAGAAAAUUAAAGAUCCCAGGAUUCUCGAGUUACUCUACGAGGAGGCGAGACACAACGUACUGAUGGGGCGCUACAUUAUGGAGCCGGCUCACUCCAUCAUGCUGGGUGGGAUCCAGGCACGAGUGGAACUGGGUCCCUACAAUUCACACACUCACACAAUCGGAUAUUUUAGAGAAAAUCAAUCACGCUUUCUACCACCACACGUUGCAAAGAGCUCGAGUUGGUCAUGGCUUCCGGUCAGUAGAAAAACAUCCGCUGAAGUUAGACUUUUGGAGCAAUUUAAACGUGUACCAACAACCGCCACAACUAGAAAAUUAAUGAGGAAGUAUCUAGAGUUUUGCUGGGCACUUCCAUUCUAUGGUGCUGCCUUUUUCCACGGCCAAGUGGAACAACCAGUUCGAGGUCUUAUGAGUUUAGUUCAUCACAAAGAUAUCUCCGUAUUGAUAGCAAUUAACGAGAAAGGUGUUUUUAUCAUCGAUCACGUUGAAAGCACUUUAAUACUGGGACUGAGAUACGAAGAAUUGUCAUGGGACUUUGCGAAGCCAAGUUCUGCUGAUGAUCCAGAGUGCAUGCCUUGCAUUUUUAUUCAGUUCGAAGCUGUGGAAAAUGGUAUUCCUGUGACAAAGCUGAUGCAAAUUUUCUCGAAACAAGCCGGUAUGAUGGAUGCCUUAAUUGCUCAUUUUGCUGAACAAAUGAGACGCCGGAGAGAUGGAGGUGAUGGACAACCGCCCGACAAUGGUGUUCACGAUGAACCAAAUCCAAUUCAAAAUAGCGGCAAUGGAGUACUUAGCAACAAAUUAUCUCGAUUAACUCUCGCCACUUUCGACGACGAGGGGCGCUGCAUUGGACAAAUGGGAUCCCUAUCUAUAAGCUACUAACAUUUAAUAUGGAUUACAUGAUAUUCCAAAGUAUAUAUAUAUGAAGAAAUCUUUACUAAUUACUGAAUAAAUUACAUAAAGAUGGAAUGAAUAUAUACUUGAGAAAGAAGACACAACCGCAAGACAAAAAAAAAACGUUUUAAAAAAAUAGAACUUAAAAAAUAAAUUUUUGAAAGUGAGGUAAAUCUGAAGUGUGAAUUAUUAAGAGAUUGCAAUGACCUUUCAAAACCAAAUUAUUAUUAUUAUUCAAAAGAAAGAUACAGAAAAAAUGGAAUCAUAUUAGUUAAUACAUAAACUUACAAAAAAAAUUGUAAAUAAUAUAUAAUCAACCCUUAAAAUAUACAAUAAAUUAUCAGAUUAUUUUUUUUCGUUUGGUUUAGUCAACAUGAUAAUAAAACAAUUGUAAUUGAUUAAUAAAGCGUGUGGAAAAAACGUAUAUGAAUAAAUAUAUUUAAAAAGAAAAUCGUGGAAAAAUUAAUUUUGAAUGAGAAAAAUAAAUGUAAAAAGUCGACAUUAAAUAAAUCACAUAGAUCACCAGAGAAUAAAAACAAAAAAAAAGGAAAAUAGAAGAGAAAAUAAAUAAAAAAAACUUUUAUACCAUUUUAUCAUUAUUCUCUAUACCAAAAAAAUUAAUUUUAUUUUCCAUUUGAGAGCGAAAAAAUAAUCUACAGUGUCAUAGAGAAAAUAUCGAAUAAUGUGAAAUAAAAUGCAAUUUCAAGGGAUAAAUGGUGAAUUAAUGUUUAUGUGCAAUAACGACUUUAUUAAUAUUUAAUGAUAUUUUGAUGAAUUUCCAAAAUUAAAUGGUACAGCGAUGAAAUCAAAUUUCAACUACACAGAAUCCACUAUUAUGUAAUUUUAUUUUCAAAAUAAAUAUAUUAUUGAAAAUCUACCAAUAUUGUUAUUAAUCCUAAAAUUCAUUUGAUUCUAAAAUAAAUAAUAAAUUUAAAAGAACCAAUAACUAUAAAAAAAAUCCUACUCUGAUUGCAGAUGCAUUAAUUUAUGAGGGUAUAUUUGUUAUUAUUAAAUUAUGUAUUAAAAUAAAUAAAGAAAAAAAAACAAUUAAAAAGGACGAUUUUGGUGAAAAACCUGAAUGUUGUUAGUUAUUAAAAUUUGUAAUUAUCGGCAUGAUAAGCAAAGAGAUUUGUAUACUUAGGAAGAACAAAACAAAGGAAAAUUAAAUCAUACAAUUAUUUUCUAUUCAAGAUCAACACAAAAAAGAAAAAAAAGGAAAAUUAGAAGAAAAAGGAUUUCAUGAAACGAAAACGAGCAUCAAGAUAAUAAUCAAUGUCUUCUAAACUUAUCUUUAUAUUUAUUGUAUGAACGGUAUCGUUAAUGAAGUGUUCACCAUUUUAUCAAGCAGCAAAAAAAAGUGAAUAAAGAAGAAUAGAACAACAGAAAUAAGAAAAAAAAUGUUGCAAAACUCCCCAUUCUAAUGCCACAAAAGUUACACUCUCUAAAACACAAUCACACAAAUCCUUCUCAAAUCCAAUGAAAAAAAUCCCAAAGAAUUAAAAAAAAUGAAAUGAGUUAAGCAAAUAAUUGUAAUAGGAGUGAAUAAAACCCGUAAAACGUGGAUAAGUUAGGUGUAAUGGAAAAAAAGAUGUGGUAAGAAUUUCAAAAAACACAAACAAGUGAGAAAUAAUUACAUUUAAAAAAAAAAUUGCAGCAUUGUAUUAUUUCCGAAAAUUAAUACACUUAUGGAUAAAGAAAAAACUUAUACAUAAAAAAGGAAAAAAAAAACUAAUGCAUAUACAAUAUUAUGUAAUUGAGAAAUCAAGAUAUUUUAAAAAAAGAACAAAAUAAAUUUUCCAUAAAAAAUUCAAAAAAAA